AUGGUUGGCAAAGUCAGCGAGCGCGUCCUCCUGCGGGAAGGACUCGAACGGACCGACAAUGGCAUGAAGCAGACGAGCUGGCCCGACGUGACCCCCAUCAAUCAGAAGAACUACUACACGGAGUACAUGAAACGGGACGACCAGAUAUUAGCACUGCGACUGCAAGCCGAAGCGCAGCGAGAGAGACUUGUGCAGUCGGCUAAGGAUCGCGAUCGAGCCCUGGCCCGAAAUGGCCACGCAGAAGUCCCCUUGCCCGUCGCCGACCUGCAGCCGGAGGAGGCUGCUGCCACCGUCAACGAUGGGACAGACCCUUCCAAGGUCAUUGUCAUACAUCCAGGAAGCCAAAACCUCCGGAUAGGCUUUGCCAGCGAUGCCCUGCCGAAGACGAUACCCAUGACCAUCGCAACCAAGUUCCCGCAGACCGAGGCCGAGAUCCACGAGGCGCUGCCGCGUCGCCAUUUCGAGGCCAAGACGACAGACCAGCAGUAUGGCGAGGAGUGGUCCAAGAAGUACCAGAAGAUGUGUGGCGACCUAAAGGUCGAUAUGCGCGCCAACAAGCGCAAAGUCUUGCCCAACUCCAAGGAGCUUGUGGUUAACUACAACAGACGCACCGAGCCGGAGAAGAUACCACUACACAACGACCCUCUGCAGAUCGACUGGACCGACGUGAGCACACUGGAGGACCCCGACUCGCCAGCUUCGUGUUUCCUAGGCCACGCCGCCCAGCGUGUGCCAGACGACUCGAACCCCAAGUUCAAGCUGUGGUGGCCCAUACAAUAUGGCUGGCUGAAUGAAGACGACUAUACGGCUGCCGAGCAUCUGUACGACGACUUCGAGACGCUGUUGGACAAGGCUAUAAGACAAGAGCUGGGGUUGACAAGGAAUAGCGCGUGGAAGAAUUACAGCUGCGUAUUUGUUAUUCCGGACCUGUACGACAAGAAGUACGUCGAGCUGGUCCUAAAGUCAUGCAUGACUUGGUUCGAGUUUAGCAGGAUAUGCUUCAUCCAGGAGAGCAUGGCGGCGACGUUUGGCGCGGGUUACACCCAGGCCUGUGUCGUAGAUGUUGGUGCCCAGAAGACGUCUAUUGCAUGUGUUGAAGACGGGCUGUGCAUAGAGGAAUCACGCAUCAACCUGAAGUACGGCGGAUACGACGUAACGGACACCUUCAUCAAGAUGAUGUUGUACGACAACUUCCCGUAUCAGGAAAUCAACCUUAGACGCAGAUACGACUUUCUCCUCGCCGAGGAACUCAAGAUGAAGCACUGCACAAUGUCGCAAGCCGAUAUAUCAGUGCAGCUGUACCAAUUUCAUCUGCGCGCCCCGAACCAACCGACAUACAAGUACCAAUUCAAGACCUACGACGAGGUUAUACUGGCGCCCAUGGGAUUCUAUGACCCUGUCAUCUUUGAUAACUCGACCAAGCUCCGUGGUCGACGCAAACUCAUGGACCGGUCCUACAACGCCUACGACGUCGAAAUGCCCGACGACCCAACAUCCGCAGCCCAGUUCGGCAUCCUGGCUGAGAUCAGGCCCAGCAUCCACUCGAACGCCAACGGCAUCCACGCCGGGGCAUCCGCAUCCGACCUCAACUUUGCAACGCCUAGCAAGGAGAGAUUACAACCCUUCAACUCCCUCUCACGUAACGACCUCAACGGCACACCCGGAGGCUCGAAUGCGGCCUCCCCCGCACCAGAAGGUGCAUCCACCCCCAUUCCGCCCGCUUUCCACUUCGGCGCGAACGGCACCGUGACGGCCGCCGGCAGCCCAGCCCCCAACGGCAUCCACAACGGCGCCUCGCCCGGGCCGCCCCUACCGCAGUCUCAGCACCAGCCGCCGGCUGGCAUAUUCGUCGACUCGGCAGCGCGUACGCAGAAGAUCCUCGCCGCGGAGCGCGACUCGGUGCUGCCGCUCGCCCCCCUCGACGUCGCCAUCCUGACCAGCAUCAACAACGCCGCGCGCGGCGAUGACAAGAAGCAGCGCGAGUACCUCGGCAGCAUCAUGGUCGUGGGCGGGGGCGCCAAGACGCCCGGCUUCACGCAGACGCUCGAGGAGAAGCUCCGCGCGCGCCGCCCGGCCCUGUUCGACCGCAUCCUCGUGUCGCGCAGCGCCCGCGACAUGGACGAGCAGGUUGUCGUGUGGAAGGGCGCCAGCGUCUUUGCUAAACUGCCUGCUAACGAUAGCUGGAUCACACCGUUAGAGUACGAGCGCCUUGGGGCGCGGGUCUUGCACCAUAAGGUGCUCUGGGCUUGGUAG